GAAUAACCAAAAAUAAUAAUUAGAAAUCAUCCAAACUUCAACUUAAUAAAAUAAAUGCAGUGAUUCAUAAAAUCAAGCGAAAAGACAGUUUGAAUUGGGCGUUAAAUCAAAAACGUUGAAAUGUUUAUAAUAAUACACUCCCCUCACUUUGUAUAACAUUGAAAUAUUUGUUCAACUGUGCGCAAAAAUAUACAAAGCUUCAACUUCAAACUACACAAGUGUGAAAUGAAAUAUUGUCUGAAACAAUUUCAAAGACGGAGUUAUCAAAAAUUGUCUUUUUUGAGUCUUAAAUGAAAAUGGAAAAGCUAAAAAAAUCAAAGAAAAACUUAUUUAUUUAUCCUUCUUACUCUGAUGAAAUUUUUAGAGUCCAAAAGUAAAGUUCUUAACGAUUCAGUAACACGUGAGAUAACACAUCCGUUCGAUAUAAAACCAAGGAUUUCGUUAUAAAAACAUUUUUUUACGCGAAUCGGAUUCAUAAAUUAAUUCGGUUUGGUGGUUUUUUUAACGUUCUUUUUCCUGCAGGCAAAAAGUAAAUAAAUAACUAAAACGAUCAAGGAUUCGGAAAAACUUCAAAACAAAAUUAAAAAAAAUUAAGCGACAAAUCGUGUUUGAAAAAUUUUUAUACACACGAUUUAAAAUAAGCAUGGAAACACUAAUUGAGUAGGUAGGUAAUUGGGAUAAGUUAAAGUGAAAAGUUUAUUGCAAGUUCAACACCAUUUGAUUCUGGUUUAAAUAACAACUAAAGCUGUAAUUUUAUUCCAACAAAAUCAUGUGUUUAUUUUAUUUAAUUUUGGUUGUGUUGAUAGUUUCAUUUUUAAUUUGGUACAAAUUUAAUUAUUAUUGGUAUAAAAGUUGCUUGAAAAAUUUUAAAGAAAUUAAAUAUUUUCCAACAAAUACAACAGACUUUUAUAAUUAUUUAACAACUCAAUCAAUUAACGAUAAAAUGACAAAAAAUUGUUAUAAAAUGUUCGGCCCAUUUCCGCUUUUUAUAACAACAGAUGAAAAAUUGUUUUCAAUAAUCUUAGGAUCUUCAAAACACAUCAACAAACCUAGUCAAUUAAGUCUCUUUGGAAAAGCGAUUAGUCAAACGUUAUUUUUCGCAAAAAACGAUCUUUGGCGUCAUCGACGUCGCCUUUUUAAUUCAUUCUUCGAUUACGGCUCGAUUUUAAAUCAAUUUGAAAUCAAUAACGAACGCACAAACGAAUUCAUUGAUAAUUUUAAGUCGAAAUUAUCAAACGAUAAAGAAUUAAUCGAUUUAAAUUUAAUUAUUAACGAAUUUAUUUUGGGACAAGUUUCAAUAAAUGUUAUGGGAGAAAAUUUAUUAAAAAUUAAUCCAGAAGUGUUGGAUAUUUUAGGAUUUUUGAACCAACAAACUGUUAGGAAAGCUUUAGUUUGUACGGAUCUUUUCAAAGUUUGGGAAAUAUUUAAAGAUCUUUGGUUGGAAAGGAAGAAAAUAACCGUUUUAAAAAACUGCAUUAAAAAAUUUUUGCAAAAACGAAUUAAUGAAAAAAGGAAUUUUACCCAUGGAAAAAGAAUGAUAUUUGUUGAUUUUUUAAUCAAAGAAAUGAAUGAAAAUAAUGUAUCGGAGGAAUAUGUAAUUCAAGAACUUUUAUUAUUUCUAUUUGCGGGCUAUGAAACCACAGCUCAUUCAAUUUCUUUUGCUUUGUAUCUUCUCUCAAAACAUCCUGAAAUACAGGAAAAUGUCAUUAAAGAAAUCAAAGCAAUUACAUCAAAUGAUAUAACACACCAACACCUGCAAAAAAUGGAUUAUUUAGACUUGGUGAUUAAAGAAAGUUUAAGAAUGUAUACAACAGCAACAUUUUUUUUUAGAAUUCUCGAAGAAAACGUGGAAUUCGAGGGAACAACCCUUCCAAAAGGAUUAAUUGUACUUUUCAAUAACACAGGAAUCCAUAAAGAUCCCACACUUUAUCUGGAACCAGAAAAAUUCAAACCUGAAAGAUUUCUUUCCAAUGAAUUCAAAUCAAAACGAUUCAUUUAUUCCCCUUUUUGUUUAGGAAUAAGGCAAUGCAUAGGAAAACGAUUCGCCGAAAAUACUUUAAAAUUAACCCUGGCAAAAUUCGUUUUAAACUACAAAUUAUUCGACGCCAAUCAUAAUUUAAAUUUAGCAAUAGGAAUUGGGUUAACUUCGCUUAAUGGGAUUAAGGUUUUUAUUGAAAAACGGAGAUAAAUUCAUCUACUAAGAAAUUAUCAGGGUCAAAAGUUAAAAUGUGAAAAAAGGAAAAUGUUUUAAAGUUCGUAUCGAUCGGUGAUAUACAUUUACAUACGUAUAAAUACGCAAUCUAUCGCACGUGUUUCAUUUUCUUGUUUAUAUAAAAUGUACUUAUUCUAAAAGACGUUUUAUAGAACAAGGCCAUACGCAAAAUCGUCUUCGAAAUGCCUGCGUACGUCAAAAGCAGACGAAAAUAAAAUGACGAUUAAAGAUAAUUAUGAAAUAAACCAUCCGAAUUCGUAAAAUCAUUUGGACGAUAUUAAAAUUUAAAAUAAAAAUUAUAAAAAAUGUAGGUUAUGUUUAUU